AUGGCGCCCGGCAGCGAGGCGUGCGGCCCGAGCGUGCGCGAGUUCUACGACGGCAUCUUCCACUCGCCCAUCUACGCCGAGCACCACCGUGUGUGCUGCAACGUGGGCUUCCACCCGCGCGGCGACACGCACGUCAACUCGAGCGCCGCGGCCGUGGCGGCCGUCGCCAGCGCCAACGUGAACGGGGACGCGCCCAUCAACAAGUUCCAGGCGCACUACCCGGCCGACAGGUACCAGCUGCAGCUCUACGACCUGCUGCUCGACGUCGACGCGCAGCACGAGGCGCGACGCGACGCCGCGUUCACGAUCCUGGACCUGGGCUGCGGCGCCGGCGGCGGCCUGUGCGAGCUGCAGACGCUGUACCCCAAGGCGGAGGUGGUGGGGCUGGACCUGUCGGUCCAGGCGCUCGAGCGCAGCAAGGAGGUGUGGAACCGCUUCACGGAGCAGGUGCCCGAGUUCCAGGAGCGCAAGUUGCGGCUGUACCACCACUCGUGCGAGCGGAUGAAGGGCCUGCUCACCCACUCGGUGGACGUCGCCGUGGCUGUGCAGAGCUUGCAGGAGGUGCAGAAUCUCGGCAGAGCCGUGAACGAGAUCGCGCGGGUGCUCAAGCCUGGAGGACUGUUGUUCGUGGCCGACUUCAUCCCGCCCGACGUCGCGGCGGAUCACUUGGAGCACUCGCUGCUGUCGCCCAUUUCGUCGGCGCAGAACAAGGCGCCGCUGUUUGAGAUCGUCCAGGAGCAGUUGGUGUCGUACGAGGCGGCUAUGGGCGCCAAGCUCAGCUCCGGGAGCACGAGGGAGCUGAUCCACCAGUUCACGCCGCAGGAAUUCCACUCGGAGCUCGAGGCCUUCUUCUUCGUCGAGCACUCGCCCCUGUACGAGCUGCUGCGGCGUGACCAGAUGGGGUACCGAUUGCUGUGUCUGCGCAAGACGGACGAGAGCAGCACGGACGAAGAGGAGGAUAUUCGCCAUGUGAGCGAGUGGGUCGGAGACGGCGCCAACUACUCGUCGGACGAGGAGAUCCAGGACGACGACGCUCCCAACUACUACCCGUACCAGGAGUUCUUCCCUCAGCUCGAGAUUCUCAAGGACAACUACAACGUCAUCCUGGAGGAGAUGCUGGCGGUGCAGCAAAUAGCGACGUGGCCAUUCUGGCCCGAGAAACACUACGCCGAGGGUGACAGCGAGUGGCGCGUGUUCCCAUUCUGCUACACGUUUCCGGCCUACGACCCCACCAAGACGACGUGGGUGGGCCCCACGUGCUCCAUGUGUCCGCGUACAGCAGCUCUACUGAAGAGUCUGCCCGGUAUUCGCACCGCGCUCUUCUCCAAGCUCGGCCCGAACACGACGCUCACAGCACAUCGAGGCUGGGCCGAUCUAGCCAACCACGUCCUGCGCGUCCACUUCCCGCUCGUGGUGCCCACGCUCGCCACCGGAGCUCCUUGCUGCGCUAUGGUCGUGGGCGGAGAGACCACCUACCACGCCGAGCGCGAGUUCAUCGUGUUCGACGACAGCAAACUGCACUACGCCUUCAACCACCACCCCGAAAACACGCGCCACGUGCUCAUCAUCGACUUCUAUCGUCCAGACGAGCUGCCAAGAGGGCGCGCUCGAGGAGGCCACUCCGAUGAGCUGGACGAGUUCAUCGAGACUUUCGGCAGGCAGUCGCUGCUCGGCGGCAAUGGAGAGAACUGA